AAUUUGAGAAAUUUGACUUUGAAGAAAAGAGAGAAAACAACUCUAGUACAAAGGAAUGCACACUCAUGUGGCGCUAAGCAAACAGAUGAAUUUGAGCUCUUGAGCCAUGCCAGCGUCGGCCAUGUUGGGUCUGUUUCACUCAUUGCCAACUUAAAUUCUCGUUCAUCUUCUUUGUUUGUUCCACUGAUCGACCAGAGCCAGUUGUGCAGAAUGCCGUUUGCACAACAGAAUCUGCUGUCCUGGAGUUUACCUCAUCUGCUCCUCAUCUACCUCUGCCUCCUGGCCCCUCCCCCAGGAGUGUGUGCUGGCCUCUGUCGUGUGACUGGUGGGGUCCUGGGCAUUCACUGGAGCAGUAUCCUCAGUCUGGGCUGGGCCCCUCUGGCUGAUGGCAGAGGUGGGGCCACCUGCUGGGAGGCCUGCUGCAUGUCUCCUCACUGCAGCGCUGUGUGGAGCUUGGGGGGGCGCUGUGUGCUGCUCUCCUGCACUCGGAGCAGAGGCUGUGCCAUCAGCUUCCUGCCUCAACCCAACCAGGAGUCUCUGGGACUACUGCAGCUGCUCUCCAAGGGUCCAGUCACUCUGAACAGAAGAAGAAGAGCUCAACCGACGACAAUCCCCAAAGCUCCACCCCUUGCACCUCCCAGUACUCAAACUCCUGACCAUGAGUCGACCAGUUCAACUCUCACUCUCAGCACCAUCACUUUAGUCCAGUCUGAGAGAAACCAGAACCAGUCCAGCAAUGAGUCCAGACUCCAAGAUCAUAACGAGACUAACACCACAGACCCAGAGAAGUCCACAAACAGGAGCAGCUCAGAAGACAGCACGCCCCCUGCUGGCAUAACCGCUCCUACUUCAGCUAUGCGCCCCCUGGUGGUGUCUGCGGGGAAGAACGUGGAGGUCACUUUGCCUCGAAACGAAGUCGAACUCAACGCUUACGUUGUUCCAACUCCUCCAGAAGGAACUAAGAACUAUGUGUUUGACUGGCGCCUGAUCACUCACCCCACAGACUACAGUGGAGAGAUGGAGGGGCAGCACAGUGGGACGCUCAAACUCAGUCAGUUGACACUGGGUUUGUACGAGUUUGAGGUGACGGUUGAUGGAGACGGAGCUCACGGAGAAGGCUACGUGAAUGUCACAGUCAAACCAGAACCGAGAGUAAACAAACCUCCGGUUGCUGUGGUUUCUCCAAAGUUUCAGGAGAUCUCUCUGCCCAUCAGCUCCACGGUCAUCGAUGGCAGCCAGAGCACAGAUGAUGAUAAAAUCGUGCGGUUUCUUUGGGAGGAGGUGAAGGGGCCUCUGAGGGACGAGAAGGUCUCUGCUGAUACUCCAGUCCUCAAACUCACCAGGCUCGUGCCCGGAAACUACACCUUCAGUUUGACAGUGACAGACUCAGAUGGAGCCUCAAACUCAACUCAGGCCACUCUGGUGGUGAACAAAGCCAUCGACUAUCGGCCUGUGGCCAACGCUGGGCCCAACCAGGUGAUUACACUGCCAAAGAACUCCAUCACUCUCUAUGGAAACCAGAGCACAGAUGACCAUGACUCCCUCUCCUAUGAGUGGUCCCUGAGCCCCGAGAGCAAAGACAAGGUGGUUGAGAUGCAGGGAGUGAGAACAGCCUUCCUCCAAGUGUCUUCGAUGCAGGAGGGAGACUACACCUUUAAACUCACUGUGACCGACUCUUCCGGUCAACAAGACUCCGCCCAAGUCACAGUCAUUGUCCAGCCAGAAAACAACAUGGCUCCCGUGGCAGACGCCGGCCCAGAGAAGGAGCUCACUUUACCUGUAGACAGAACCACUCUGGAUGGAAGCAAGAGCUCUGAUGACCAAAAGAUCGCCACCUACCUGUGGAAGCAGGCCAAGGGUCCAAACGAAGUGAGGAUAGAGAACGCAGACGCUGCUAUUGCCACGGUGACAGGUCUGGAGCAGGGCACAUACGAGUUCACUCUUACAGUGACGGACGAGAGGAAGCUCCAGAGCAGCGACACCGUGACCGUCAUCGUCAGAGAAGAGGUGGAUCAGCCCCCUACGGCCCAUGUCCUGCCCAGCUCUGUGGUGUCUCUGCCCCAGAGCACAGCCUUUUUAGACGGCUCUCACUCCACCGACGAUAAGGGAGCGGUCAGCUACAUGUGGAGCCGAGACGACAGCAGCCCAUCAGCCGGGGAUGUGCUGAAUGGCUCUGACCACCAGGCGGUGCUGUUCUUGGGUAACCUGGUGCCGGGCUCGUACAGCUUCACUCUGACUGUGACCGACUCCAAAGGACAGAGCAGCAAAGCCCACGGCACAGUCGACGUCAAACCUGAUGCAUUUGAGCGUGACUUGGUGGAGCUCAUCUUGGAGGUCCCGGUGUCCUCUGUGUCUCAGAGGCAGAGGGACAUGCUCUUGAGGCAGGUCGGGGUUUUACUGGGCGUCCUGGACAGUGACAUCAUUGUCCGCAGCAUCAGCGCCUUCAACGAGCACAGUACCCGUCUGGUCUUCCUGGUGUCUGGUGGUCCAGGGCGCCCCCCUCUGGCCGGACAUAGUGUUGCACUGGGACUCAGAAACAAACUGCGGAAACAGAAGAAUGAAUUCCUCAUCUUUAAAGCCAGACGAGUGGACACAGUCAUCUGUCAGCUGAACUGCUCUGGCCAUGGCGACUGUGACUCGUUCACGCGGCGCUGUGUGUGUCAGCCAUUUUGGAUGGAGAACUUCAUCAGAGCUCAGUUUGGAGACCAGGAGAGUAACUGUGAUUGGAGUGUGCUGUACGUGACCAUCGCCUCCUUCGUGAUCCUGGUGGGAGCUGGGACUCUGAUCUGGGGACUGGUCUGCUGCUGUAACAAGAGGAAAGGUAAAGUGCGCAGAAGUAAAAGUCGAUACAAGAUUUUAGAAGAGGAGGAACAUGACAGCCUGGAGCUGCACCCGCCCCGAGCAGGUCGUCUCAAGGGAGUAGCGGCUCCCACCUCAUCCGCUCUGAUGCACUCGGAUUCGGACAUGGACAGUGACGAGCCCCCUGACCCUUGGACCAACGGAGACCAGGAGCGCGGGAAACUCCUCCGUCCUCAAAAUGGCGCCCUGCGAAAUGGUCAAGGUCCAGCUCGAGCCAAGAAACAACGCGAAGAGCUGCUAUAGCGAGAGAGCAGAGGGUAGCUCCAGUCUGCCCUCAAAAACACACUCAACUUUACCUGCAAAAAACCUGCUGGAUUCACUUCACUUGUUUACAUGAAGAAGAGGAAAUACAAAA